AUGAGUUCAUUCCAUAACUUGGUGCUACAGGCAAAGAAGGCGCGCGCUGUCAUCAAUUACAGAGGAAAGAAAUCAGAUGCCAAGAAGAAUAAUCCGUCGAAGCACGCUGCAGGUCCAUCGUCGGUAUCGUCGUCAGUGUACGUUAAAUGCCCCUCAGUGAACCUAGUUCCAACGUCGUCCCCCUGGGAUACCCUUCCGGUCGAAAUCCAGAUCAAGAUAUUCGCCCACUGCGGUGUCUCAGAUUACCUGCCGCUAAGGCUUGUCUGCAAGUCAUUCCAUCAGCUGCUUAACUCGCAGGAACAGUGGAUUACCCGGCAAUACCUUCGCCAACGCCGUCAUGGAACGCUUCCAUCCCCGAUAGAUAGCGAGAGGACAUAUACUCGAAACCCAGAGGACGAUGCAGUGCUGCUGUCGGAUCUGUUCCCACCGGCAAAGAGUGCCAAGGGUGGCCACAUAUACACUUUUAAAUACAUAUCUGGCUUGCGUCGCCGGCAGACACUCUGUUCAAGGCUCUGCUGCUACAUCGCAGACCGUGUCAUGGAUCGGUUUGUGCACAGUGAGCCGGCAUUCAUGAAAUCUAUGUUCUCCUCCAAGGCUGAGCGGUAUGUGUUUGUGCAGCGAACAACUGCGCGCCUAUGGUUUCACCUCACUCCGCUGAUGUAUUAUACAUUAUACUUCCUGGAGACCUACGCUCUUGCCAGGCGAGAGCAGACUAAUAUCCUCCUGCGUGACUGGGAAGCUGGACGCUUGCCAGUUCCUGUACCCCCCCACAUCCGUAAAAUCAUGUACCGGGAAUUGCAAGUAAAGAUAAUCAGAUCACCUCCUUUUACUGACACCCCUACCCUGAUAGCCACACACCACUGCAUGCAGCUUCUAGUCUCAUACCUGCGGUACACUGUACCGCCUGAUGAGCCUACGGUGUCGGAUGACAGCUGGAUCGGGUCUCUGCUUACAGUGUCACCAUUCCUCCGAAUAGUGGAGUACUUCUCCGCUGAGAUCGGGGACGGAGGCAAUCAGCGGAUGCAGCGGAAGGAUUUCAUGCACAACUUCCAUAACGACAUCACCUUACAUGAAAAAGACGACAUCAACGCGUUGGUUUUCCAGAAUGCACCGAAUGUGCACCUUCAUGGUUCUGUGGAAGAUGUGUGGUUCGAUGUUGUGAAAGAGGAAUUGGCCUCGAGAAAGGCAACGCCGCACCCUGCAGAGAGAAUCAUGGUCUGGACUGGGUUGCCUGAUACCACCACAAUGGCACAAAUUAAUCUACUAAACACCACAUGGGCACUCCACCGUCUCUCACCCCUCCACCAUGGGAAAGAAUUCGACUCCCUUCUCGACAACCCGGUGGCUCUCAAGACCUACGCGACUCGACUGCGCGAUCAGUUAACCGGGGUCUCUUUCCCCAGCGCCAUUCAAUCCAGCGGCCCACUACCUGCGACAGAGGACGAUGCGCUCUCCAGGACAGGCGCGCUGCAAUCCUGUACCUGGGAACUCAUUCCAAACCUCUCUUUCUCAGACAUUGAACAUGAACAUAGCCCAGAGAAUGAAUCUCGGCCUCCACACCCCCCUCGAUCUCGAUCCCGAACCCAACGCCUACCACCCCCUGUUUCGCCCUCUCAUCAAGGAAGCGGAAUCCUCGUGAAACUCGAGUAUGAGAACAUAACCUACAAAGCCGCUCUCCUCACAUUGUCCCCUCCGACAUCUCAACCAGAGCCCGCCGCAAGACCCCGAGCGCGAACUCGAUCCCAAGCCCAAACACACGCUACGCGCCUUCCUCUCCUCCUAACCCGCUUUCCCGCACCUCUCCGACAAACUUUCAUCUCUUUCCUCUCUUCGACGUUCGAUACGUACUGCUCGCCGCUUCGCCUUCCUUCGCAAUUCAUAGGUGCAGCGUUGAUCACAUACAUUAAUACUCUCGCCUCUGAAGGAGACACUGGGACCCUGGAUCCCGUUGACAUCCUUAAGGAGCUUCACCUUACGCUAUCGUUUCCAACCUCCGUUGCGCCGGAUUUGCGCUCCUUGAAUAUCACUAUACCGCGCGAGUCACUGGGAGGGUUUCUUCGUACUGAAGGCAACGGUGCAGGAAGUGAGUCGGAUAUACUGUCUAUUCUCAGUGCAUACUUGGAAGAGCAUUUGGCGAUGAGGGUUGACUUGAGCGGCGCUGGUCCCAUCGUAAAAGGACAGGAGCAUGUGCGUUUGACGAAAAUCGCCUGCGGGGGCUUUUCACUUGGUGGGGAGGGCAGAUUGAAAUUGGUUGCAGCGCCGUCGGCAAGCGAGAAUGGCGAAUCGGAGAAUGCUGCUAGUCGGAAGAAUCACCUCACAUUGCGGGCUUGCGAGAUGUUGCUCUCGGAUAUUGUGCGCAGGGCCGUGGUUGACUGA